GUGCACACUUUAUUGUAGGUGAGCUUGAGCAAGUUCUUGGUCUUCCAGGUUACUUGCUGUAGUCGAGUCUUCCUCUAUCUUGUGUUCUAGAGCAAUAUUGUACGCCGAUUAUGGAAGCACUUGAGAGGUAUUAAAUCUCGAAGAUUGUUGCCUCUUACCGCCGGUCGUCACAUUUGCAUGUUAGAUCCCGAACUUUCUAUCAUUUUCAAACCAGACUAGAAGAAAAAGCAAUAGUAUCUUUCCACUAGUUAAUAAUCUUUAUUUGUUAAGAUGUCCUAUGUGAAUUCUAGGCACCUAUCCGAUAUAUGUAAUUUAAAUCCAGCAUGUUUCCGAAACUCUCCCCUCUUCCGAUAUCAACUUUCUAAACAAGUAUGCCAUCACCAACGUAUCAACUAACCAACAUGCCUAAACUGAACUAUGCUGCUAGAGGCAGCACCAACGAUGCGAUCUAUCAACUUGCACGUGUAGCUGAUACCCUACACAGCAAAUCACUCGACAAGGUUGACCUCUUAGAAGAAUAUAUAGAUCGCGAGCUCGAAAAGCGAUCGUCAGACUCGAAAAAUGCCUUGGAGAAAGUCAGCACUACUAUUCAGUCCCUUCGGGGGAAUGUCAACCAUACCAGUCAAGCUCAGCAAACCAAGAACAAGAUGAUUGACUGUCUUGAUCUUCUCCAAACUCAAAUUCAAACUAUGUAUACCGACCACGAUGGAUUUGGGCCCGGAUUUAAAGAUCUUAAAUAUAAAAUCGCAGAGGUCAGGAGCAACCAACAUGACCUUCGCGAUGUCCUUCGUAUGAUACACGCAGAUGUUCAAACAUUACAUGAGUCCACGGAAAUUUCUGGAUUCCCCCAAUUUAGGAGGCUCCCACUAGAAAUUCGAGCCAUGAUAUGGGACUUAGCUAUUCCUAACCGAAUACUCGGUCUUGAUGAGGAUCUCGAUAUUGCUGGUGUGUAUCAUUUCAAACCAGGAUUAUCUCCUCCCUCAGUUGCUCAUGUCUGUAAGGAGGCUCGAUCAAUCGCUUGCCGUAGCGGUAGACUUGUGAGCAUUAGGAACUAUUGGGAGGACCAACAAGGUAUGCCCAGACCCGCAUGGUCCUGGUAUGAUCCGAGCCGGGAUUCCCUCCGUCUAUGUAUCGGCUCUCUAGUAGGCUCGCCAAAUGCCACCAUAUUGGAAAUUACGGAGUGUACCCAGUCUGUCAUAAGUGGCGGUGGCUCAGACAAUACACUUUGCUAUCGGCUCCUUUCUUACCUUUCUGACCCGCAUUACUUUCCGCACUUGAAAGUCGUUGGCUUUAUAUCGGAUACCUAUGUGUAUCGGGAGCUUCGCGAUCACAUUGUCGAAAUCCGACUAUUUAGCCUAGAUCGCCGGAACUCUAUUUCCGUUGACGUUGAUGACGAGGCCGCUAAAAAGGGGUUGAUCUAUCGAAUCACAAAGGAUCACUCUUCAAUAGAAACCAACCAGUUAGUAAGCUGGUUAGAAGAUGACACAGGGGAGUUAUGGAGCGACCUUCACAGUACCAAUAGUGUCCGUAAGUUGAAGUGGCCUCACUUCUUGGACCACUUACGUAGGGAGUGGAUUCUUGCCAAAUCCUGGUAUUCAUCAGGUGAUGGACAUCAUGAUACUCAACAAGCCAAUAAGUCCGGCAAACAAAUACCUAGGCUAUCAGAGGCUCGGGCAGUGCCAACGUCGGAGAGUGUCCCCGUAUUCCAGCGCGUGAAAUUGAUCGAACAAGAGGCAGUUGGUGAGGAUGGUUUCUGAUUCCGCCAAUAUCCAGAUGUGACGAUAUCUCAUUGUACUUCGCAUGCCUUACCAUACGUUUAGGUUUGUAGCACAUCGAUAGGAAUCGAUUCGAGCAACAUCGCAGGGCUACGCUCACUCGCUAAAUAUAUAUUUGAUCAACUUAACUGGAGAAAGAGAAAACUCCUACAAACCCAAGUUGACAUCUUGAGACCCCUUAAUCGUCGUGAUAUGAGACUGGAAUAACUAUCAUAUGGUUUUGGGUUAGUAACAGCCAAUCUUUGGAAAACGACUGAGCCAUAAGAUGUUCGGUGUUAGUGCUAUUUAAACAUAGUAUUUUCGCAAGCAAGCCGAUAUAUUAGCAGAUUAUCACUUAGACGGGCGGGUUGUAUCUAGACGGUAGGUACCUAUAUAUGAUAUUUUUAACAUUUCUUUGAUUCGGCUUGUGUUGAUAGACAUUUCUUACGCCUUUUUUCAAUGGCCCCCACGUCAUCGGGUAUUUGGAACUGAAAACUUCCAACCAGUUAAUUCCGUUUGAAAAGAAAAAAAAAAGGUAUGCAAGAAGUACAAGCAGCAAACACCAAGAAUGAUCGUGUUUGCCUUGCUAUUUAAGAGCUUAAUCACUUAAAUAAAAAUCGACUCG